AUGACUGAUCGAUCAACGGUAGAAAAUGGACAGAAUGGCAACAGCAACAGCACCAAUAGCAGCACCGUACUGGAUAUAUACCCACUCAGCUGCUACUACUUCGGCUCCAAAGAUGUACUCCCGUUAAGGAACGAAACCGUCACCGAUCGUGUUCUGCGCAUGAAAGCCAACUAUGAUGCUUAUGGAAUGAGGACUUGUGUGGCAGCUGUAAUUGUGGUAGAGUUGUUCAAGCACCCUCAUCUUUUAGUGCUGCAAAUAAACAACUCCAUCUAUAAACUUCCGGGUGGCCGUGCACGAUUUGGUGAAUCAGAUACUGACUGCUUGAAACGCAAGCUACUGAGCAAGUUAUGUGUGGGUGAAGAAAGUCGUGGACCUGAAUGGGAGAUUGGCGAAUGUCUUGGAAUGUGGUGGAGAUCAGAUUUUGAAACGUUGCUUUAUCCAUAUUUGCCUCCAAACAUAAAAAGGCCUAAGGAGUGCUCAAAACUCUAUCUCAUCAAGCUACCAGCAAGUCGGAGAUUCAUUGUACCGAAGAACUUCAAACUUCUUGCAGUUCCAUUGUGCCAAGUUCAUGACAAUGAGAAGACUUAUGGACCAGUUAUUUCAGGAAUUCCACAGCUACUAUCCAGAUUCUCCUUCAACAUUGUAGAACCCUGA